UGGAUUUUGUAGAGAUUGAGAAGUGAUUCAAAGGCCUGUCUUCUCCAAGGUACGGAGACAACGGCACCGAUUGUAAGGCAAUUCAACACUGGUACACGCUGUCAGCAUGGGCUCUACUACCGUUCACGGAAUUGGGGAAUAUGGAUCUCAUCCUAUUGCCAUAGUCGGCAUGUCGAUGCGGUUGCCAGGAGGUGUGCGCUCUGCUGCGGAUUUCUGGCAACUGCUGAGUGAAGGACGUGAUGGAAAUUGCGUUGUCCCAAGAUCGCGGUAUAACGAGGAGGGAUUCUACUCAGAGACUGGUGCGCAUUCAGUAAGAAUGCGACGCGGCUACUACCUCGAGGAAAACUUGGAGACAUUAGACACUUCCUUCUUUGACAUGGAGGGGCUACAGCCUUCUCGGAUGGACCCGCAGCAAAAGAUGCUUCUCCAGGUGGUAUGGGACUGUCUCGAAAAUGCUGGGCAGGUCGACUGGCACGGAAAACCUAUCGGUUGCUUUGUCGGCACGUAUGGAGGAGAUUGGGAAGAGAUAGAAGUCAGAGACUCUCAAAAUGCACACAACUUUCAUAUGAUCGGACAUGGAAAGUUUUCACUUGCCAAUGUGGUUUCCUACGAGUUUCAUUUCAAUGGCCCUAGUAUGACAAUCGAAACCGGCUGCUCGUCUUCCAUGGUUGCUCUGAAUCAGGCAUGCAAGGCUCUUCUGAUGGGAGACUGCUCUGCGGCUAUUGUAGCUGGAUCCAAUCUGAUCUUCACACCUACAGUCGGAAUGCAUGGCUCGGGCCUCAGCGUUUUCUCUCCAUCCGGCAUAUCUAAAUGUUUUGAUGCUUCCGCAGAUGGAUACGGAAGAGGCGAAGCUGUCAAUGCAGUUUUAAUUAAGCAUUUAGAUGAUGCAUUGAGGGAUGGAGACCAGAUUCGAGCUGUCAUUCGAUCAUCUAUGGUCAAUUGCGAUGGUCGAAGCCCGGGAAUCACCACGCCUUCUGCCGAGGCACAGGAAAGGUUAAUACGGGAAACAUACAAGCGAGCCUUGAUCAGUGAUCUUUCGCAGACUGCCUUCAUUGAGUGUCAUGGCACCGGUACUUUGGCAGGUGACCCAAUUGAAUGCUCCGCGAUAGCCAAGACCUUCCUCAAGGAAAUAUAUAUUGGCUCGGUCAAAGCCAAUGUUGGUCACUCAGAAGGAGCAUCAGGACUCACAAGUCUCAUAAAAGCAGUUCUUUCGCUGGAGAACAGGCUAAUUCCACCUAAUAUCCACUUCCAUCAACCGAAUCCACGAAUUCCUUGGCACAAUGGACGUCUUCGUGUUCCUCAAAAACUUACUGAGUGGCCAAAGAAUCGAAAGGAGAGGAUUAGUGUCAGCAAUUUUGGAAUUGGUGGCUCAAAUGCACAUGUAAUUCUUGACUCGUUCUCAUCUUUAAUGCCCAACUCUGUUCUUGAAGAUGAAGUGAAGGAAACAACGCCCCGGCUGCUUGUUGUUUCUGCAAAAAGCCAAGAAGCCCUGUUAAGUCGAGAGCAGAGUCUUCUGAAGUACAGGAGCCUGCAUCCAAGUCGUCUGAGCGAUCUCGCAUAUACCCUUGGUGUUCGUCGCGAACAUCUUUCCCAUAGGGGCUUCUUGGUCAAUAAGAACGGUAUAGCGCCGGAGAUGGGAGCAAUCAAGCAUUCCAUUGCCGGUCGGGCUCCUGACCUGACUUAUGUUUUCACGGGCCAAGGAGCCCAGUGGGCGGGAAUGGGCAGAGGAUUAAUGAAAACCUUCAGAAGCUUCCGAGAUAGUAUUCAGUCCCUAGAUAUUGUUUUACAAACCUUGAAAAGGCCUCCAUCGUGGAGUUUAGAAGUCGCACUUGCGGAGGACAAUUCUGAUCAAAUUAACACGCCUCAGCUUUCCCAAACUCUGUGUUGUGCAUUGCAGAUUGCGUUAGUGAAUCUCCUAAGUGAAUGGGGCAUCAAACCCGCGGCAGUUAUCGGCCAUUCGAGUGGUGAGAUCGCAGCUUCAUAUGCUGCGGGGGCAAUCACAGCUGAGUCUGCGAUUGCUUUAAGCUACUACCGUGGUCUGCUGGUCGACGAAGUGGGCAGUGAGGGAGCAAUGGCCGCCGUUAGCCUGGGCCGGGUGCAAGUGGCAUCGUAUCUACGAGACGGUGUUGUCAUCGCAUGCGAAAAUAGUCCCAACAGCGUCACUCUAUCUGGAGAGCCCCGUCAAGUGGAGGAGGUGAUCAACAAGAUCAAACCAGAUUUCCCAGAUGCACUGUGCAGAAUGCUGCGUGUCAAUAGAUCAUAUCAUUCAGGUUCUAUGACCGCCGUCGGCAAGGUAUAUGAGACCAGCAUUCGACCCUACAUCAUGACACGGGAUAAAAUGAUCCCAAUGUAUUCCAGUGUGACUGGGCAAAUUAUCGUCGACCCGAAACAACUCCACUCCAACUAUUGGGUUCAGAAUCUUGUGUCUCCCGUCCUGUUCUGGGGCGCUGCUGAGUCCAUUAUGCAGGAUCAUGCUGGGUCAUUCUUCUUGGAAAUUGGACCGCAUUCCGCUCUUGCAGGACCUCUUCGCGACAUUCACAAAGCGUUGGACGAUGUGAAGCAAGAGGUGUCAUAUGCCUCCUGCCUCAUUCGCGGCCAAUGUCAGGUGACGGCUCUCCUGACGGCAGCAGGCGAGUUAUUCCUAGGGGGCAUCCAGCCAAAUUUCGAGGCAAUUAACGGCCGCGGGAAACUUCUCACUGAUCUUGAUCCUUACCCCUGGCAAAGUGGAGAAGUUGAAUGGUCUGAGAGCCGAGUAACUCGAGAAUGGAGGCGCCGCAAGUAUGCCCACCAUGAGCUUUUAGGUUCUCGAGUCGUCGAAUCGACGCAGAUUGAGCCCUCUUGGAGAAACAUGCUCCAUAUUGACGACGUUUCCUGGCUUUGGGAUCAUCGCAUUGGAGGGUCGACGGUCUUCCCUUGCGCCGGAUAUAUCGUUAUGGCGGGUGAAGCCAUGCGCCAGAUAACCGGGUCCGACAAGUAUCGCCUAAGAAACCUUCGCAUGUCUAAGGCAUUGACGCUCGACGAUCGUGGCCGAAUAGAAGUUGUGUCAAACUUCCGACCAGCUCGACCGACUGACGAGCCUGGCUCGGGUUGGUAUGAAUUUUCAAUUUCAAGCUUCCGGAUGGGUUCAUGGGUCAAACAUUGUACAGGACAAGUGCGAAGCGAAGCGUCCUCUCCGACUCCACGAGAUAUCAGGGGUCUACCAAGAUCUGUAACUUCUCAUUCUUGGUACGAAAACCUGAAGGAGCGAGGAACCGAAUAUGGGCCAAAAUUCAGGCUGCUCCAGCAUAUAUCCGCUCACCCGACACAUCUUUCAGCGACUGCCAGCUUAGAAAGAGAUGGGUCUUCUGAUACCGUUGAUGCUCCUAUCAUUGAUCAGUGUCUGCAACUCGUAGCAGUUGCCAUGUCCAAUGGUUUGUCUCGAAAGUGUGAUGGUGUAGGAAUGCCUGUGUAUAUUCAAGAAGUCUUCGUUGGCAAGGCGGGACCCGACAUGUUUCUCGAAGCUAACGCAGCUGGAACAUCUCUAGGGAUGACCUCUGGUUUUGCAUGGGCACAGUGGGGGGCCGAAGUGGGAAUCAAAAUUGAUGGCGUCGAGUUUAUGGGCUUUGAUGAAGGAUCGCCUGGAGAUGAAGAUCAGAAACUGUGCACCAAUCUGAUGUGGGCCCCAGACGUGGAUUUUCUGCCAAAAGGGUGUAUUUUCACGCCUUCCAAACCAUCGAUGUCUACAUUUGAUGAGACUUAUGCUCCACGACAACAAUUCUUUGACAUGUGCAUCAUUGAAACUGCACGGCUAAUCGCUGAUUUGGAGCCAGCCUCAGAGUACCUGCGCAAGUACCAAAAUUGGAUGGCUACAAGAUCCUCUGAGAUCCUCAAGAAUAUCCAUUCCAGUGUGUCAUCUGAAGACAGAGAGUUCUUACAAGUGUCUCGAGAUGGCUGGACCAACAUACUGUCAAGGCUGAAGUGGCAGAUUGAUGAGACCAUGCCACUCAGUAAACAUUUCGCUGAGCUUUCGCUUGCUGUCUUGGAAAGUUGCACGGACAUCGUGCAGGGUAGAUGCCAACCUUUGGGUCUGCUGAUGGAAAAUGAGAGAUUAUCGCAGCUUUACAACACUGGCACCAGCAGAAAUUACGAGGAAUUCUUGAGGCUCCUAGGGCACUCUCAACCCGACCUUCAGAUCAUUGAGAUUGGAGCGGGCACGGGAGCGACAACAGCAAGAGCCCUACAUUGCCUCCAUCCUGAAGGAGUGGUCCGUCAGUAUUCUCGCUACGUAUUUACUGAUAUUUCUUCUGCCUUUUUCCAGCCAGCAAUGGAACGAUUCAAAGGAUAUGAAGGUGUUGAAUAUGCGGUCUUGGAUAUCAGCCAGCCUCCUGUGGACCAGGAGAUCCAACCCGCAAGUUUUGAUUUAGUCAUUGCGUCAAAUGUACUUCAUGCAACAUGCAGCAUACAAGAGACUUUGAAAAAUGUCAAUUCUCUCCUCAAACCUGGGGGACGAGUCUUGAUCGAAGAAAUUUGCACUGAGGCCCAACCAAUAGACUUCAUCAUGGGUGUGCUCCCCGGCUGGUGGAUAGGUGAAAACGACAACCGUAUCGACGCACCGUAUAUUUCGGUAGAUCGUUGGCACACUGAGCUUCGAGAAGCCGGAUUUGAGAAUGUCCACUCGGCCCCGGGCGAAGCGGAGAUCUACAUGACCUCAAUACUAGCAUCUCUUCCUCCGCCAUCAUAUAGCAAAGAAAGUACAGUCAACAUGCUCUACAAUUCGCAGAGACCUCAAUGGGCAAUGGGCGUUGCUGAAAAGAUAGAGGCUAUGGGCUACCCAAUUCGUUGGUGUACGAUUUCAGAGCCACCUCCUACCAACGAAGACGUCAUCUCUUUCUUGGAUAUCGAAGAACCCUUUUUGUAUUCCUUGACGAAAACUGAACUUACCCAACUGCAACAGUACCUUUCGUCAUGCACAUCCACCCGUGUUCUGUGGAUGACUCGCAGCUCCCAAAUGCGCUGUCAAGAUCCCCGUUAUGGUUUAACUCUAGGUUUUGCGCGGACAAUGCGCAUGGAAUACGAAAUGGACUUCGAUACAAUUGAGGUGGACGACUUCGAUCAAACUUCGGAGGGUGCCGUCGUCGAGAUCUACAAGAAGUUCCAACAACAGCGAUUGCGAGAGGAUGAAACACUGGAUCAUGAAUAUGCUAUCCAGGGUGGAGUGAUUUAUAUUCCAAGAUACCACUGGAGUAGUUUGCCUGAGAAUCUUCUCGAGGAUCCUUCUCCGGCAGGUCCAAAGACCCUUUCAGUUGAGCAGCCUGGGAUUCUGGACUCUUUCAAGUGGAUCGAGAAUGAGUUGCCCCUUCUAGGAAAGGAUGAUGUGGAGAUCGAUGUAAAAUUCGUGGGCCUCAACUUCCGGGACCUGAUGAUGAGCCUGGGAAUGUUGCAAGGCAAGAGCGAUAUUGGAUUAGAGGGAAGCGGAGUGGUUCGACGUGUUGGAAGUAACGUUUCACAUGUCCAUGAAGGAGAUCAAGUGGUAUUUCUGGCUUCGCCGGCUUUCAGUACCCGUGUCGUUGUUCCAGGAGCUUUAGUCGUCGCGUUACCUGCUGAGCUUCCCUUGGAUCAAGCUGCCACCAUCGGGUGUGCAUAUACUACCGCGGCGUACUGUUUGCUGAACGUGGGACGACUGCAAAAAGACCAGUCGGUGUUGAUUCACUCUGCUGCUGGUGGAGUAGGAAUCGCAUCCAUCAUGCUCUGUCAGAUGCUCGGUGUACAGAUCUUUGCUACGGUCGGCAAUCAAGAAAAGGCACAACAUCUCACUGAAACCUUUAGAAUUCGAAAAGAGCAUAUCUUUGACUCUAGGAGUACUUCCUUCGCGCCGAACCUGCUAAAGAGAACUCGAGGCCGAGGUGUUGACCUGGUCCUCAAUUCUUUGGCAGGAUAUCUCUUGCUCGCAUCAUGGGAAUGUGUAGCUGAAGGAGGUAUGAUGGUGGAAAUUGGUAAACGCGACUUGAUGGGUCAUGCUAUGCUGCCCAUGGAUCGGUUCCUUGCCAAUAGAUCAUUUGUGGGAGUGGACAUUCUUUCCCUCGCCAAAUCACGACCUCAGGUCGUACUAGAGUGUUUGAAAACAGUCUCGACCCUGUUGGCCAAGAAAUCCAUUGAGCCUAUUCGGCCGAUGCGUGUCUUUGCAGCCGGUCAAAUCACUGACGCAUUCAAGUAUAUGCAAGAGGGGAAGCACAUGGGUAAAAUCGUUGUUGAAAUGCCAGAUGAUGCCAGUUCACUUGCCAUGACCAAAACACCAGCACAAAUAUCUUUUUGCGAGGACGGCGCCUAUCUUCUGGUCGGUGGUCUAGGUGGCCUGGGCCGUGCAGUGGCGCAAUGGAUGGUUGAAAAUGGUGCCAGGAACCUCAUUUUCCUUUCCCGUACGGCCGGAGAUGAUGAUAGUGAUUCAAAGUUUGUCUACGACCUCGAGUUGCAAGGGUGCCAUCCCCUCUUGAUCCAGGGUGAUGUCGCUAGCCUGGCGGAUGUCAAAAAGGCCGUCACUGCCAGCGGCAAGCCGAUGAAAGGAGUCAUCCAUAUGGCGAUGCUCAUGAAGGACUCUCCCUUCUUUAGCAUGACGCACGACCAGUGGACAGAAGCAUUGCGCCCCAAAGUCGAUGGAGUGUGGAACCUGCACGAAGCCUUGCGCUGUGAAAAUCUCGACUUCUUCGUCAUGUUCAGCUCCGUCGCAGCAGCAGCAGGCUCUGCUGGACAAGCAAACUAUACUGCAGCCAAUACCUUCCUCGGUGCCUUCGCACGUUACCGCCAGUCUUUGGGUUUAGUAGCGUCUGUCCUCGAUGUUGGUUGGAUCACCGAUGUCGGCUAUGUCAGCCAACGUCCCGAGCUCUUGGACGUGAUGCGGUCCAAAAGCUUCAUUCCUCUCCGCGAGACCCAUCUCCUAGCUGCCCUGCAAUUGCUAUUGUCCCCACCCAAGAUGGUCGAUGGAGCGCCAUCCAAAUUCAGUGAAGAACAUCACCUCUCGAUCGGGUUGGGUCUCCUAUGGACACAAGCUUCCGGUGAUGUACGAUGCAAAGACGCACGGUACCGUCACGACCCAGCGGUAGGAGUUGCACGCCUCCAGCCACGCUCUUCAGAAACCAGUAAUAUCAAAGGUCUUCUUCACGCUGUGGAAGAGAACCCCGACAUUUUAAAACUUGCUCCCACUUUUGAUCUUCUCACCAAGGAAAUGGCACUUUUGAUGGGGCCGUAUUCAGCGGCUGUGAAGAAUGAAGAUUGGGCGGCUAUGGCCGAAAUUUCGGUCGACUCGCUGGUAGCUGUGGAGGCUCGAGCAUGGUUGAAGCGCAAUCUUGAGGUAGAGCUUGGCCUUGUUGACAUCGCAACGGCAGGUACUGUUCACGGUGUUGUUACUCUCACCAUGUCUGCACUGAGCGUGAAAUACGCUGGUAAACGGUGA